UAACUAUUUGUGAAAAAGGAAAGAAUAUCUUUUGGAAAUUUGGUUGGAUUCAAACUAGAAUUUCCGUUUUUCAAUCAUAUGUAUUUAUUUAUCCACGUUUCUUGCAAAUUACUCAACUUCCAAAGAUCCAAUAAGACCGAAUCAAGUUCACAGUUUUUAUACGCUACCGAAAAAAUCUCAAAAAGUCCAACUAUUUUCCCCUCAAUUUCCUCCUUCUCUCGUUAUAAACCAUAGACUCGAUUUUGUUUUGAUUAUUCGAUUCACGUAAGGCUAAGGAGAUUUUUUUGAUUCAAAGAUGGGUAGGGUUUUUAUGGUUGAUCUGGAAGGGAACAUCUACAUCUGCAAACUCUGUAAGACCCAUCUCUCCACAGACCAAGACAUCAUCUCCAAGUCUUUUCAAUGCAAGCAUGGAGGGGCUUAUCUCUUCAAUAACGUUGUAAACGUAUCGGUUGGAGUGAAAGAAGACAGAAUGAUGAUAACUGGACUACACACCGUAGUUGACAUUUUCUGUGUUGGUUGUGGAUCAAACGUUGGCUGGAAAUACGAGUUUGCACAUGAUAAGAGCCAGAAGUACAAGGAAGGAAAAUCUGUUCUUGAAUUAUACAAGAUUUCGGGUCCUCAUGAUAGCAACGACUUGGUUAGUGAUGGAGAUGAUGCUUGAGGCUUUUUCCUUGUCUAGUUGUCUCUCAGAUUUCUUUAAAAUUGUACAUUCUUGGACCUAGAUUUUAAUUCGUUUCGUACGCGUAGUGGAAGACCGGUUUAAUAUGGGUUUUAUUUUGAUUUUUUU